CGACCGAAGCGCACGUCGAGCGUCACAGGCCCCGCCCGUGAGGCGCGCCGGCGGCGCGGUGUGAGCUCACCGACUCGGGCCAUGGCGCUGGCAGGUGCACCCGAGGUGAUCCGGGCGGCGCAGAAGGACGAUUACUACCUGGGAGGCCUGCGGAGCGCGGCGGGGGGCGCGCUGCACAGCCUAGCGGGUGCAAAGAAAUGGCUGGAAUGGAGGAAAGAGAUUGAGCUACUCUCGGACAUAGCCUACUUUGGCCUCACCACAAUUGCAGGCUACCAGACGCUUGGAGAGGAGUAUGUUGGGAUCAUUCAGGUGGACCCCUCCCAGCAGCGUGUGCCCUCCAGGCUCCGCCGCGGAGUGCUGGUCGCAGUGCACGCUGUCUUGCCCUACCUGCUGGACAAGGCGCUGCUGCCCCUGGAGCAGGAGCUGCAAGCCGAUGGUGAUGGUACGCGUCUGCUGUCUGGAGGACGCAGCCGAUCAGGGGCAAGGCGCUGGGUGCGUCACCAUGCAGCCACCCUGACUGAACAGCAGAGGAGGACACUCCAGCGGGCAGUCUUUAUCCUCAGACAGGGCCUUGCCUGCCUCCACCGGUUCCAUGUUGCUUGGUUUUACAUCCAUGGUGCCUUCUACCACCUGGCCAAGAGGCUAGCAGGGAUCCGUUAUCUCCGUGCUCGCCGCCUGGCUGGAGAGGACCUGAGGGCUCGCACAAGCUACCGACUGCUGGGACUCAUCUCCCUGUUGCAUCUGGUACUGUCCAUGGGGCUGCAGGUAUACACCUUCAGGCAGAAGCAGCGAGCCAGGAAGGAGUGGAGGCUGCACCGCAACCUGUCCCACCGCAGGAGUUCCCUGGAAGACAGGGCUGUUUGCAGAACCCCACUAUGCACCCUAUGCUUGGAAGAGCGAAGACACUCCACAGCGACACCUUGUGGCCAUCUCUUCUGCUGGGAGUGCAUUACUGAAUGGUGCAACACUAAGACAGAGUGUCCCUUGUGCAGGGAAAAGUUCCCACCGCAGAAGCUGGUCUACUUGAGGCACUACCGUUGACCGGGACCAUAUCGUCACCAAACAGCUCUGAGAAGUGGAUGGAAGUUGACAGAGUUUAUCCUCAGAACUGUGGCUGCACAGAAAUAUAAAGUCCUCAUGCACUGUUCUUUGUCAUUUAAGCUACAUAGUUACCUGGAAAGAGAAAGGGUUGGGGGCAAACAGAUAAUACUCCAUAGAGGGUAGGAGAGUUUGUUGCCCCUUACUUAUUAUGGCUUCUUCUGACCCUCUGGAGUAGUGGGUUCCCCCUCCCUCCCUAGGUCACACAGCUGAGAGCUGCUUCGGAAGUUCAGGGUAUUUUAUUCAGGUCUGUGUGAGAGACAGGGCUGAGGGUGAGGCUGGGGGUGAAGCCCUGCACUGUGGGCUCCACACUCACCGAGGUCAGCACCCUCCUAACACUCCUGCCCCGUGCUUAUUAAUACUGUUGCCAACUCCUUAGGAAAAUAGAGGUCUUCCUCAUGGCCUUCUGAGUAGGAAUGGGGGCUCCCUGGGUUGCAGAUUUUUUUUAAUUAUAUGAAGGUGUACACAUGUCAUGGUACAUGUAUGGAGAUCAGAGAACAACUUGCAGGAGCUGAUUUUUCUUAAUCAUAUAUUUCAGGAGUAAACUCAGGUUGGGCUGGGCAGUAGCAUCUUAUCUUGUUGAAACCUUGCCGACCUGGCAGAGUUGGCUUAAUGAGUUUUCUCCUACAAACCGAUUUCCAUGUGUCCUCAGAUACCAGUUCUCUGAGGAGUUAGGGGACAGCUGUGACCUGCUUUCCCAGUAUCACGUGUCCAGCACCCUCCUGACUUUUCCCUAGCUUGAUUCUUGCCUCCAUUUGACAUUUCCAAGCUUUUAACGUGAGUUCAUGGCAGACAGCCUGGCACAUCUUUGAGAAAUUAAUUUCACAGAAAAGCCACACUAAGAACACAAGAUCUAGCCGGGCACGGUGGUGCACACUUUUAAUCCCAGCAUUCAGGAGUCAGAGGCAGGUGGAUCUCAGUGAGUUCAAGGCCAACCUGGUCUACAAAGCUAGUUCCAAGACAGCCAAGGCUACACAGAGAAACCCUGUCCCAAAAAAACAAAAACCAAAACCCAGAAGAUCUAGAAAGACCUCAUAAAACAGUGUGAAGAUGUCCGGAUAGAAGCCCAGUCCCCAGCAGUGGUCUUUGAUGUCACAAGGUUCCUUGUGAAGGUCCCCUUACCAAGAGCAGGAGCCAUCCUUCUAGGUGGAGCACGGGACCCAGACAUACACAGGGUAACUUUAUUUAUUUUAUUUUUUGGUUUUUCGAGACAGGGUUUCUCUGUAGCUUUGGUGCCUGUCCCCGAACUAGCUCUUGUAGACCAGGCUGGCCUCGAAUUCCCAGAGAUCCACUUGCCUCUGCCGAGUAACUUUAGGGACCCUAUGGGAAGACGGAGUCCCCAUGGGAACCUGGAACACAGCUCUACAGACCUGCAGCACCCUGUCUGUAACUCAUUCCUCUGGUUGGGUACGCCCAACUUUCCAUUACACCUGAGCUUAGUCAGUGAUGAGGAAAACAACGCAGAAAAUAUAAACAAAAAAUGUCCAGAUUUGAACCCCAAGUGCUCACAUAGUUAAAGAGAGAGGGAGGGAGGGAGGGAGGGAGGGAGGAAGGGAGGGAGGGAGGGAGGGAGGGAGGAAGGAAGGAAGGAAGAAAAGAAAGGCGCAGACCAUUAGAAAGUGAUGGGUUGAGAGCACAAAGCGUGGCUCUAAAAGGAACAAAAGGAACCCAGGUGACGGACUGGGUAGGGUUCUGAACAGGUCACAGCCCCAGUCCCUCCGAUCCCUGUGGUGUUUCCUCCGCCCUGGUGGGACCUGGCAUCAUGGUUCCCCUCAUCCAGCUGUGAAGAGCAAGCUGUACUUCAGUGAAUGACUAGUGGUGUAGACGAAGACUAUACAAGCAAGGGACGCUUUCUUUAAUAAAGUUGGAAUUUAAAAGUCA